UGUAUUUUGCUUUCCCCCCCCACAUGGAAUUUAGAAACCUGGGAGACUCCCUGGUUAUUCUGCCUUAGAGGAGAGAGGCAUGUGUGGGACAGGGGAAGAGAGAAGCGGGAAGUUACUUAUUCACUCCCAACCAGUAGUCUUAGGGAAGGAGGGAGGACCUUCGCCAGAGUAUGGGCUUUAUAACCAUCGCCUUCCCCAACUUGCAGCUCCAGCAUCUCCUCACACCCUCCCCCGCAGCCGAGCAGCCUUCUCUGGCUUGCAUCCCCAGACCAGCGCCCCCCCCCCUCAGUGUUUUGCACCUCCUGCCCUCUGCCGCAGCCCAGUCAUGUCUUCCAGCAGCCGAGUGGCCCUGGUGACCGGGAGUAACAAGGGGAUCGGCUUGGCCAUCGUGCGCGAUCUGUGCAAGAAAUUCCCCGGGGACAUGAUUCUCACCGCCAGGAAUCCGACCCUGAGCCAGGAAGCGGUGAAGAAGCUGAAGGAGGAGGGACUGAACCCUGUUUUCCACCAGCUGGACAUCAGUGACCUGCAGAGCAUUCGGACCCUGCGGGAAUUUCUCAAGGAGCGGUAUGGAGGUGUGGAUGUGCUGGUCAACAGUACUGGAAUAUGUUUUUUAGUUUCGGAUACCACACCUUUUUCUAUUCAAGCUGAGGUGACACUGAAAACCAACUUUUUUGGCACCAGAGCUGUAUCUGCAGAGUUAUUGCCUCUGAUAAAAGCCCAAGGUAGAGUGGUGAAUGUCUCUAGCUUCCUGAUAAGUUCUCUAAAAAAUGCAGCCCAGAAACUACAGCAGAAAUUUAGGAGUGACACAAUCACAGAGGAAGAGUUGGUGGGGCUCAUGCACAAGUUUGUGGAAGAUACAAAGAAGGGAGUACAUGAGAAGGAAGGUUGGCCUAACACUGCUUAUGGAGUGUCCAAGAUUGGAGUCACUGUCUUGUCGAGAAUCCAUUCCAGGCAACUGAAUGAGCAGAGAAAAGGUGAUAAUAUUCUUCUGAAUGCCUGCUGCCCAGGAUGGGUGAGAACUGACAUGGCGGGACCCAGGGCUCCCAAAAGUGUAGAGGAAGGAGCUGAGACCCCAGUUUAUUUGGCUCUUUUACCUCCAAGUGUUACAGAACCUCAUGGCCAGUUUGUGUCAGAGAAAAAGGUUCAAAAAUGGUAAACUGAAUUUGUCAUCUAUCCUAGUUAUACUUGAAUGUUACACAUCUUGGAUUUGAUUUUAAAAUUUGCAUUUAGAAAGAAAUAAAAAUGAAAGUACA